GGGUAACCUCACCUUUCGGUGUUCAUAUUCGUCUAGAUUGCUAUAAAUGAGACUCUGGGCCUCGCCUCUUUUCUCUGCAUUUGAUCAUCUAUCUCAUCAAGAGGCUCUCAAGGCUCUUUUUUCUUCUCUAGAGAUGCAGAUCUUCGUUAAAACUCUGACUGGCAAGACCAUCACCCUUGAGGUGGAAUCUUCUGACACCAUCGACAAUGUAAAAGCCAAGAUCCAGGACAAGGAAGGGAUCCCUCCGGACCAGCAAAGGUUGAUCUUUGCCGGGAAGCAGCUCGAGGACGGUCGCACCCUUGCGGACUACAACAUUCAGAAAGAGUCUACGCUCCACCUUGUGCUCCGUCUCCGUGGUGGCAUGCAGAUCUUCGUUAAAACCCUGACCGGCAAGACUAUCACACUUGAGGUCGAAUCGUCUGAUACCAUUGAUAAUGUCAAAGCCAAGAUCCAGGACAAGGAGGGCAUCCCGCCGGACCAGCAAAGGUUGAUUUUUGCUGGCAAGCAGCUUGAAGAUGGCCGCACGUUGGCCGACUACAAUAUCCAGAAGGAGUCUACCCUUCACCUCGUGCUCCGCCUUCGUGGUGGUAUGCAGAUCUUCGUUAAAACCUUGACUGGCAAGACCAUCACCCUUGAGGUUGAGAGCUCCGACACUAUUGACAAUGUCAAGGCCAAGAUUCAGGACAAAGAGGGCAUCCCCCCAGACCAGCAAAGGUUGAUUUUUGCCGGCAAGCAGCUGGAGGACGGCCGCACCCUAGCAGAUUACAAUAUUCAGAAGGAGUCCACCCUCCACCUUGUGCUCCGCCUGCGAGGAGGCAUGCAGAUCUUUGUCAAGACCUUGACGGGUAAGACCAUCACCCUCGAGGUGGAGAGCUCAGACACCAUUGACAACGUGAAGGCCAAGAUCCAGGAUAAGGAGGGCAUCCCCCCAGAUCAGCAAAGGCUCAUCUUUGCCGGCAAGCAGCUGGAAGACGGCCGCACCUUGGCUGAUUACAACAUUCAGAAGGAGUCUACCCUUCACUUGGUGCUGAGGCUGAGGGGAGGAAUGCAAAUAUUCGUCAAGACCCUCACUGGUAAAACCAUCACUCUGGAGGUUGAGAGCUCGGACACGAUUGACAAUGUGAAGGCGAAAAUACAGGACAAGGAGGGGAUCCCACCGGAUCAACAGAGGCUCAUCUUCGCAGGGAAGCAGCUCGAGGACGGCCGCACCCUGGCGGACUAUAACAUUCAAAAGGAGUCCACCCUUCACCUGGUGCUCCGCCUUCGUGGUGGCCACUGAACUUCCGCCAUCCUUUCCACUAUUUUCGGGGUCUUUUAUCUAGCUUCAUAUGAUCAAUGCCUAUUUAGUAGUCCGUCUGUGGGUCGAGUCUGUUAAUGUUGGUGUUAUGGUUUGUGUUUGUGCUCCGUUCCUUCGUGGUAUCGUCGGUUGUUAAACAACGUGUUUCUGGUUCUAGUUUAAAAACUUAGUGCGACGCAACUAUGCGAAUGCACACCGUAAUAAACUGUUCGGCUGGUGUUUGUGUUCUUCA